AUGACAAGAGACCUUUUUCGUAACAUGUUGGGUCUAGUUGGUGAGUAAGUAAGUAACUUAUUGAUUUUCUAAGCAGAUUUAUAACAAUUGGGAAAAAAACUAGUAGGAAAUGCGGGAAGUUUACUGCAUUUAUAGUUUCAUUAUUUUCGAUUUUAUUAUACUGCUGUAAAUCGAUUAAUAAUUAUUGUAGAAAGUUAAAAUGUCAAAGAAAACUUUUUUCGAGACGUGGUGAAACAUUUUAUAAAUAUCCUGGCAAUGUGUUUAAUGUUUAUUUAGUAGGUGUUAUAUGGAUAAAAUUGUUGGAUCAUGGAUUGACGCGGCCAUUCAGUCCGGAAAAUAGUGAUGUAAAUCAGGCAACCGGCCCGAGUCUCUUACUGGGCGAUUGCUCUGCCAUUGAGCAACAUGAUACCCGAUUUCUAACACUAUUUCCACUAGACUUGAACGGUCUAAUGUUUCAGGUUUGGGCUUUUGAUGAAGUGACCGUAUGUACAGUUGAGAGGUCAAUGUGA